AUGGGCGUAGAAAUACAGACGAGUUUGACACCAGCAGCUGUCCAUCUGUCAGCUGAAAAGGAAGUGCAAACUGUAACCUGCUGGGGGUACGACGGCCAAACCAUGACACAUAUCGACUGCAAGCAGGUGCUCCUUGCCUGCGGGCCGUGGACCCCGUCCAUUUACGAAACACUCUUCCCAACUUCGCGCCUUCGCCUGCAAUGGAUCACCGACGCUGGGGACUGGAUUCUCUGUAAGAAUCCAUGCCCCAGCACGAAAAACACUACAGCCGUAGUGUCUUUUGCCCAUCUGGUCGGUGAAAAGCUGGAGUUCGCCGCUCUCAACGAUGGGACCAUCUGGGGUUGCGGACGAAGAAAUCACUACGCCCCGCUUCCUCCCCCUGGCCACGCGGAAGAGCCAGAUGAGGCACUUGUUGCAGAACUCAGCGCUCAUGCUCAAAGAUGGCUGGACUGGAGCUGCCAUUGCACCGAGGAGCAUGCCGGGAUGGUCCAGGUGGUGAAGAAGUCGAAUACUGGCAGCGACACUGUGAAGCGCUCGAGCGGUUUCUUUGUUUGCUGGGGUCACGGCUUGUUCGGGUUGACACUCGGUAUGGGUAACGGGCGGCUUACGAGCCAGCUAAUGUCUGGCGAGGAGCCGGACAUUGAUCUCACCCCGUUUUCAUUGUACGAGGACUAG